CUUAGGGAGAUUUAAACUACAUGGCUGUGCAUUUUCUUCUGCUGCUGUUUGCAAUGGCUGUUGUUGCAGCUGAUGAAGAACCAUUCAUUGGGGUGAAUAUUGGAACAGGUCUCUCAGACAUGCCUCACCCUACUCAAGUAGUAGCACUACUUAAAGCCCAGCAAAUUCGACAUGUUCGGUUGUAUGAUGCUGACCAAGCUAUGCUCAUUGCACUUGCAAAGUCUGGAAUUCAAGUUGUUGUGUCUGUCCCUAAUGAAGAGCUCCUAGCAAUUGGUCAAUCAAAUUCCACAGCUGCAAAUUGGGUUUCCCUCAAUGUGGUAGCACAUUAUCCAGCCACUAAUAUCACAGCUAUUUGUGUUGGUUCUGAGGUUUUAACUACUCUCCCUAAUGCAGCAAAAGUUCUUGUCAAUGCUCUUAAGUACAUUCACUCAGCACUUGUGGCAUCCAAUCUUGAUCACCAAAUAAAAGUUUCAACACCCCUUUCCUCUUCAAUCAUCCUUGAUUCAUUUCCACCUUCCCAAGCCUUCUUUAACCGCUCAUUGAAUCCAGUCUUGGUCCCAAUGCUUGAUUUCUUGCAAUCAUCUGGCUCUUAUCUCAUGCUCAACAUCUACCCUUACUAUGAUUACAUGCAAUCAAAUGGUGUGAUUCCAUUGGAUUAUGCACUCUUCAAACCUCUUCCUCCAAACAAAGAAGCUAUUGAUUCUAAUACCCUUCUCCACUACACCAAUGUGUUUGAUGCUGUGGUUGAUGCAGCAUACUUUGCCAUGUCUUUUCUGAAUUACACUAAUGUUCCUGUAGUAGUAACUGAGACAGGCUGGCCCUCAAAAGGGGACUCUAAUGAGCCUGAUGCAACUGCAGAUAAUGCCAAUGCUUACAACAGCAAUUUGAUAAAGCAUGUACUGAACAUGACUGGAACUCCAAAACAUCCUGGAAUUGCUGUUAGUACUUACAUCUAUGAGCUCUACAAUGAGGAUACAAAGCCAGGGCCAUUGUCAGAGAAGAACUGGGGAUUGUUUGAUGCAAAUGGGGCACCUGUUUACAUUUUACACUUAACAGGAUCAGGAGCAGUGUUAGCAAAUGAUACCACAAAUCAAACUUACUGCAUUGCAAAAGAUGGUGCUGAUCCAAAGAUGCUGCAGGCUGGAAUAGAUUGGGCUUGUGGACCUGGCAAGGUGGAUUGCUCUCCAUUGCUGCAAGGAGAAUCAUGCUAUGAACCAGACAAUGUUAUUGCACAUGCAAAUUAUGCUUUUGACACUUACUAUCAUCAAAUGGGAAAGUCUACUGAGUCAUGUGAUUUCAAUGAAAUGGCUACAAUCUCCACUUCUGAUCCAAGUCAUGGUUCAUGUAAAUUUCCGGGAAGGUAUCUUGGCAAAAACGGCACAUUUUCUAAUGUCACGGCAACAUCAAUGAAUUCCACAAAUUCAAAUUCUUCUGCCUGCAAUAUCCACAGAUGUGGAUUGAGAAUUAGAAGCCUUUUAAUUGGGAUAGGACUUCUAAUAUGGGGAAUUGUUUUGCUAUGA